AUGGCAAGAAGGGAAAACUGCAAGAAGAACAAUUCCGAAUUACCUCACGAACUCAUGUUCAAAAUAUUCUUCUUGUUACCUGUGGCAACACUUCUUCGCUGCAAAUCAGUUUGCAAAACAUGGUUAUCAAUCAUUUCAGACCCUCAAUUCGUCGAAGCUCACUGCAUCGAAUCCCAGAAAAGACAACCCAGUUCAGUAACUGAACUUUCGAGCGACCAAAUCUGCAUUGAUAAUCAUGAAAGUAAAACCCUCCUCCAACUGUCAAUAUUCUAUGAUGGUAUAAUUCAUUUCUUAUCUUGUUGUAAUGGCCUUGUUUGUUUUGCCAAUACUGCUUAUAGUACUAUAUUUCUAGGGAAUCCGAUGACUAGGCAAUUCAAGAAAGUUCCUACUCCUCAGAAACAAACAGCUGGUAGUUUCAGUAUUGGGUGUAAGUUAGGGUUUGGUUUUGAUGAUGUUUCUCAGGAUUACAAGAUCAUUAGGUUUGUUUGUGACCAUAAAGAUAGUAGUUAUAGUAUCGAAGCUGAGAUGUAUUCUGCGAAUGAGGAUUCUUGGAAAGAGAUUAGGGUCCCUAUUGGCCUAGAGACGACAUUUCAGUUUGUUAGACAUCGAAGAGGAUGUGUAUUUCGUCCUGAUCAAAGCAGGGUAUUGUAUUUUGAAGGCUUUCGUGAGGUACUAUCGUUUGACUUGCAUGAUGAAGUGUUUAGACUGCAUCCGUAUCCCAGACCUACAAAGUUACCAUUGCCAGGUGUACCAAAGUCUUAUCUUCUGGAAUUUGAAGGGUCUGUUGCUAUGAUCUGUGAUGAAUCUAGUGGAGAUGGUGAAACAGUUCAUAGUCUAUGGACAUUGGAAAGGGAUUGUGGCAAUUGGAUUAAACAAUUUAAACUUGAGGAUUGUAUAAAGAAUGAUCACAUAAUUCUAUAUCUGGGUGAUGGACAGUUUGUUGUUAAUGGACUAAGUUAUUAUAGACGUCGAAGUCGAUCUAUCUAUUACUACUACAAUAGGAAAAAUGCCAAAGAGUAUCUUGGAGCAUCUCCGGCCAGACAGGUUAUUUCAGUUGUCAAGUUUAAUGAGAGCCUUGUUUCCAUCAAAGGGUUUAAACAGCUAGAAGAUGGAGUAUUCACAGCAGAUAGUAUCAUAUAA